AAUCACACAAACCUUUUUCUCAAAACCACCAUCAAAGCACAAGUACUACAUCUCUCUUCUUCUUCUUCUUCUUAUUCUUCAUUUCAAUCAGUCUUCCGAAUUUCUCCACGAAGUUACUCAACAUGGGCUCUGAUUUCUGUGCACCCUCAGUUACCAAGGCGCUAGAAGGCAAGGUGGCCCUCAUCACCGGCGGAGCAAGCGGCAUCGGCGAGAGCGCGGCCAGGCUGUUCGUCCAGCACGGCGCCAAGGUCCUCAUCGCCGACCUCCAAGACAAACUCGGCCAGUCCCUCGCCGCGGAACUCGGCCCCCAGGAAACCGUCUCCUUCGUCCACUGCAACGUCACCGUGGACUCCGACGUGGCAAACGCCGUCGACACAGCGGUGUCACGUUACGGACAGCUAGACAUCAUGUACAAUAACGCCGGAAUCGGAGGAAACCUCGACACCACCAUCCUAAACUCCGACAACACGGACUUCAAAAAGGUACUGGAAAUCAACCUGUUCGGAUCCUUCCUCGGGGCCAAGCACGCCGCCAGGGUGAUGAUCCCGGCGAGGAAAGGCUGCAUCCUGUUCACCGGAAGCGUGGCGUCGUCGAUCAGCGGGGAUCUGUCGUACGCCUACAAGGCGUCGAAGCACGCGAUGUUGGGGCUGGCGAAUAAUCUGACGGUGGAGAUGGGGAAGUAUGGGAUUCGGGUCAACACUGUUUCGCCGUACGGGGUGGCCACUCCCAUGGUGACGCGUGGCAUGCAGAUGGAUAAGGCGGCGGCCGAGGAGUUCAUGUCGGCGGCGGGGAACCUGAGAGGGGCGGUGUUGGAGCCGGAGGAUGUUGCCAGGGCGGCGCUGUAUCUGGCGAGCGACGAUGCCAAGUAUGUGAGUGGGCUCAACUUGAUUGUGGAUGGCGGCCACAAUCACAAUCAUCCUCUCUUCGGUUCUUCUGCUCAAACAUGAUAUCGGAUUGGAUCGAUCGUUAGCUCCUUAAUUACUUGUGUUUAUAUGAAAGGGUGAAAAACGUUUUUUUUUUUUUUACUUGUGAUCAAUGUGGCUGCUAAUUAUAAUAAACAUAUCCAUGAUGUACUAUGAUAUGGUGAAUUGUGAUGAGCAACUCGACAGUGUUAAUAAAAAAUAAAAUUAAGA